GGCGGCGGCGGCCGGAGCGGGCCCGGGCGGGCGUGAGCGCGGGGGAGCGCGCUGCCUGCAUGCGCGCAGCUCCAGCCCCGGGCGGCGGCGGCGGCGGCGGCAGGACGCGCCGGAGCGCAAGGCAGCCGGACGCGGAGAGGAGCGCGGAGCCCGAGACGAGCCCCGGGGCCCCGCCGCACCAUUGUGACUGCCUAGCGCCCGGGCGCGCGGCAAAGACGAGGACCCGACUCUUUUGAAUCUCCCGGCGUCUGGGCGCGGGGAGACUCUUGGUAUUUUCUCAUUCAACUCGUGGACUGGAACGUGGCUCCGCUCCCAACGCGGCCGGUGACUGGUCGGACCCCAGCCCUGGCCUCGGCCGCCGCGCACGCCCUCGGAAGACUCGGCGGGGUAGGAGCGCGAGCCGGCCGCGAGUGUCUCUGUGCGCACCACGGGCGGGCCGAGGGCUGAUUGGAGCGGGGGGGGUCCCCGGAGAACCCAUUUGGGAUUUGUUGUGAACAGCAUGGAGGAGAAUGACCCCAAGCCCAGCGAAGCGGCGGCGGCGGAGGGGCAGCGACAGCCGGAAUCCAGCCCCAGUGGCGGCUCGGGCGGCGGCAGCAGCCCGGGCGACGCGGACACUGGCCGCCGGCGGGCUCUGAUGCUGCCCGCGGUCCUGCAGGCGCCGGGCAACCACCAGCACCCGCACCGCAUCACCAACUUCUUCAUCGACAACAUCCUGCGGCCGGAGUUCGGCCGGAGAAAGGACACGGGGACGUGCUGUGCCGGCGCGGGAGGAGGAAGAGGCGGCGGAGCCGGCGGGGAAGGCGGCGCGGGCGGCGCGGAAGGAGGCGGCGGCGCGGGCGGCGCCGAACAGCUCCUGGGGUCGGGCCGAGAGGCCCGGCAGAACGCGCCCAGUGCGCCCGGUGCGGGCGGGCCACUGCCCGGCGGCGGCGGCGGCGGCGGCGGCGGCGACGACUCUCCGGGCGACGGGGAAGGCGGCCCCAAGGCGCUCUCGCUGCACGGCGGCGCCAAGAAAGGCGGCGACGCCGGGGGCCCCCUGGACGGGGCGCUCAAGGCCCGCGCCUUGGGCGGCGGCGACUUAUCGGUGAGCUCGGACUCGGACAGCUCGCAGGCCAGCGCCAACCUGGGCGCGCAGCCCAUGCUUUGGCCGGCCUGGGUCUACUGCACGCGCUACUCGGACCGGCCUUCUUCAGGUCCCAGGUCUCGCAAACCAAAGAAGAAGAACCCCAACAAAGAAGACAAGCGGCCCCGCACGGCCUUCACGGCCGAGCAGCUGCAGAGGCUCAAGGCCGAGUUCCAGACCAACAGGUACCUGACCGAGCAGCGCCGCCAGAGCCUGGCGCAGGAGCUCAGCCUCAACGAGUCGCAGAUCAAGAUUUGGUUCCAGAACAAGCGCGCCAAGAUCAAGAAGGCCACGGGCAAUAAGAACACGCUGGCCGUGCACCUCAUGGCGCAGGGUCUGUACAACCACUCGACGACCGCCAAGGAGGGCAAGUCGGACAGCGAGUAGGGCGGGCGGGCGCCGGGAGUCUGGUCUCGGUCCGUGCUGAACAAUGCAAUAAUUUAAAAUCAUAAAGGGCCAGUGUGUAAAGAUUAUACCAGCAUUAAUAGUGAAAAUAUCGUGUAUUAGCUAUGGUUCUGCAAUAUUCUAUGUAUAUAUAAUUUACAGGUGGUGUAAAAUCCAAAAUAUCUGACUAUAAAAUAUUUUUUGAGUUUUUCUGUGUUGAUGAGAUUAUGCUAAUUUUAUGAUUUUUUUUUUUUUUUUUUUUUGCGAAGGGGGCUGCUUAGGAUUUCAUCUUUUCUAAUCCCCUAGGCUCCAUUGUGGGACAUGGGACACUUUUAUUUUUUAAUUUCAAAAGAAGAAAAAAAUUAAAACAACUUGCUGAAGUCCAAAGAUUUUUAUUGCUGCAUUUCACACGACUGUGAACCGAAUAAAUAGCUCCUACUUGGUCUCUGAGUUCUGCCACUUUGUUUGUGUGGGCUUGGUGAGGACAGCAGGAGGGUCUGCACCCCCAGCCCCGGCCCAGGGAGGGGGGACGGAGGAGGGGGGAUGGCAGCGCAGAGGCCCUGGCAGGGCCCGGGGGACCGUUGGGGUCCUGGGAGGAGUGCCGCGCCUUGGUGGCGGUCAGGAGCGCGCCCGGGGCGGUGGGCCCGCAGUGCUGGGCCGCCCAGGCCCCCAGCCUCACACGGCUCCCCUCCUCCUGCCGUCUCUCGGGUUCCUCCUCCUCCUCCCCCUCCUCGCCGAGGCCUGGCAGGCACCUCCAUGUGCUUCACUCCGCGUCUGUUGCUGUCCCCUAUCCAGCCGCCCGCUGCCAGAGCCAGCUCUCUCGCCUCCAGGCAGGGCACCACUUCAGGGAUCCCAGGCCCAUGGGCCCAGCAUGUGGCCGGAGGCCCGGGGAUGGUGGAGCUGCACCUCCUCCUGUCCCCCAGGCCCCGGGAGUCUCCUGCCGCCCCAUCAGCUCCCCGGCGGCACUCCGUGGGCCCCAGAAACGGCGGAGGUCUCCUGCCUCCGGGCGCGCAGAGGGCUCUCCAGCGGGAGCUGGUAUUUUCUUCCUUUCUUGUUUUUCUUCCCUUCCUUUUUUUCUUUUUUUCUCUUUUUAAGUGGCUGCUUCUGCUUUGGAGAGCAUUCUUUCAAGGUACGUGUGUGUGUAUACAUAUCUGUGUAGUGCGUGAUCAGACACGCGCAGACGUGUGUGAGUCCACAGUUCCCCAACACGUGGCUACCUUGACUUCUGGAGGAACUCAGAAUCCUCCAGGAUCGAGAGGAAGGAAGAAAACGUGUAAAUAAUCAUUUCUUAUCACUUUUUGUCUUUUCUUGUUUUUUUUUUAAUAUACAUUUUAUUUUUUGAAGGUGUGGUACAGUGUAAAUUAAAUAUAUUCAAUAUAUCCCCACCAAGUACAUAUAUAAACAAACACAUUAUCUAUAUAUAUAACUCUGCACUGUCUUCUGGUUAGUGUAUGGAAAAAGAAUCGUGUCCAAAUGUCCAUCUGCAGCCGGGACAGCCCAGGGGUGGGCCUGUGGCUGAGCCAGACCCAUGGCUGAACCCCUGAGGACUGAGGGUGAACGUUUCUCUUUGCCUUAAACCUCUUUAUUUCACUGCGAUAAUAGUUUCACUUUGUACAUACUAGUGCAAACCUUUUUAAAAAGGAAACUAUAAAAAGAAAAGUUGUAAUUUAAAAUUCUGUGAAGAACCAUCUGCUGCUUAGGAAACUCAAUGAAAUGAUAUGCCUUUUUAGCAGGAAGCAAAGUUUUUUGGUUUUUAUUUUUUUAUUUUAUUUUUUUUAGUUUAUAAAACAUGUGCAUUUUACAGUUCCAGUAUCAAAUAUUUAUAAUCUUAUGAGAAAUGAAUGUUUCUAUUUACAACUGUGGUUAUCAACAUUGUGAACAU